GCUUGGACUCAGAACUCUCCUCCCCAUGGACUUGCCGCCUCCAUCAUUCGCCAUUCUCCCUCCACCUCCAGGCGCAAACCCGAACCCUAACUCUCAAAUCUUUCCGCCCUACCACCACCAUCACCACCACAAUCCCACCACCGUCCCAACCCAACCUCCUGAUCUCCACACCACCCUUUCAACCCUAAAACACCUGAUCAACCUCUCUAAAACCACCAUCCAGUCCCUUUCCAAUAUACUUCCCACCACCACCCCCGCCACCGAUGCGAUUGCCACUUGCCCUUACAACUCCAACCACCGGGUCCCUCCCAACUCCCUCUUCAACCACCACCUUCGAUGCCCCUCUUCUCCUGCAGUUAUCGAUCUUGCCCUAUGUGACUCCCUUCACUACCCCAACUCCCUUCAAGCUCCGCAAUCUCUACUUAAUCAGGAAAACAAUUGUCUCACCCAGACGCUUUCCAACGAUGCGACCACAGACUUAUGUCUUUCCCUAGAUGGUUACCAUACAUCACUUGAUUCGAAUUUUUUCUACCGGGAUUGUCCCGCGGUUGUUACAUUUCCUCAUGACAAUAACAAAUCUGAUUGUACGCUUACGUUGCCUGCUGUUUUAUCAGCUGAGUGUGCAGAUUUAAUAGGUGAUCGUAGCAUUGAUAUAAACGACACCAUUGAUGGUUUGUGCAGUAGUUCUGAUCUUGUUGAGCUACUUGCCUCUGAAUACUGGAAUAUUAGAACUGAAAUUAAUCAAUGGAAUGAUUAUCCCACUAGCUAUUCUUACAGCGUCCUUCGCUCAGUUUUAUGCUCUUACAUAUCUCAGAAGGAGUAUCUAAUGGAAUGGAUCUUGGUGAAUUCUCCAUUUUAUGGUGUUGUGAUUGAUGUGUAUACGAGGGAUCACAUUCACUUGCUGUUUAAGCUCUGUAUGAAAGCCAUAGCUAGGGAAGCUGCUGGGUAUCUGGUUUCGAUCUCUAAAGGAGACCCAAAAGAUGGUAACUUUUGCUUUCAGUGUCCUGUAAUGUCCAGAGUAUUGACAUGGUUAGCUUCACAACUUGCUAUAUUGUAUGGAGAAGUAAACGGAAAAGUAUUUGCAAUCAGCAUGUUAAAGCAAUCCCUACUGGUUUCUGCAUCAAAAUCUUUGUUUCUUUAUGGUGAACAAAGGGCUAGCAAAUCAGUAAAUGUAAGUGAGAUCGAUGGUAAAGCUGUCAUGGAACAUGAUGGAAGAACACCAGGCAUGAUUUUGGUUUCCCAGGUAGCAGCAGCUGUUGCUGCAUUACAUGAACGUUUCUUGUUUGAAACAAGAAUAAGAACCAUACGAGCUUCACGGUUUGUUCCAGUUUAUCAAAGAGCUCAAGAACAUGGAUAUAUAUCUAAAAUAGCUGAUGAGGAACGUGGAAAACGUUCAAAUUAUAGAGCCAUAAUUGAACAUGAUGGAGUGCUUUGGCAUCAUGGAGGUAACCAGGAUGGAAAUAAGAAUAAGUCACGAGAGGAAUUGUUAGCUGAAGAAAGGGAUUACAAAAGGCGAAGAGUGUCAUAUCGUGGCAAGAAAAUGAAAAGAAGCACAACCCAGGUGAUGAGGGAUAUAAUUGACGAAUACAUGGAAGAAAUCAAGCAUGCAUACAUGGCUGGGAGUGGUCAAUCUUCUUUAGAUGCUGCAAAGCUUGCAUCAAAACCUUCUUCCAUGAAUGACUUAGAUAACAAGGCAAAGAUAUCAAAGAAAGCAGUUCCACAAAGUAAUCGGAAAGAGAAAGACUCAGUUUCUGAUAUCAGUAUGAAAUCAUCAAGAUUUGGGAAUGAGAUUAAAGAAAAAAGCAACAGAAACAGAGAUCAAGAAUAUCAUACUACAGCUAAGAGGAGUAGGAAAUACUAUCCAGGCUUCAGCAGUUUAUGAAACUCUGUAUCCACCCUUGUAUCCUUUGUUGUUAUUGUUGUUCAUUUACUUCCUAUUUCUAAUUUCCAUCUAAUCAACAUAACAAAAGAUGUCAAUUCACAUUUAAUUAGGGCCCCACUGAUUUGAUAUGCAUACAGUUUAUUUGCUUCGUUUUGACCAUCAAGAACUUUAUGGUUAAAAUGGUAAUUUAUAGCACGUCACACACGUAUAUAUCUAAUGUGUGCAUGUAUAUUAAUUCUUUUUUAACUACAUUUUCAAAUACAUCACCCUUGCUUCUUGUGUGUAUUGGUUUUACUAAUUCCAUCUUCACACAUAUAUCACCC